AUGUCGAGUGGUGAUUGGGUUUCAUUUUCUCUUCGUCAUUGCUUGGUAGAGAUCUGUGAUGGCCUUCCUACAUCCAUAAAAUAUUGGACGGAAGAAUUCUUUUUUAUUGCUUCUACUGCUUUCUUUGGGCCCACGGCAUAUGGUGACAAGGCUGUUAACCCCUCUCCCGAUCUGAAUCCCGAAAAACAGAGUAUUGUGGAUCUCUUAUCGGAAAAUUACGUGAAGUGGACUCGCGUUGACGAAGUAACAUUGGGUAUGGCAAGGAUGAGUUCUUACUGGAAUAAAUUGGGGAGAAAACAUGUGGAGAUCCUAGCAGGACGAGAAGUCACUUUGUUGGAACGGUUGCAUCACAAACGUUUGGCAAGUUUUGCUUUAGUCACCGAGGAAAUUACCAUUCCUAAUUCUUUACCAUUCCUAAUUCUGUAA